AUGCUGCGAUCGCAAUUUAGCAGUAGUGUCAGAGUCAGAGAGAGCAGAGCUUAUGUUGCAGACCAAGUUGCGAGUUCGAAUCUCGAUGACGCCUAUACCUCCGUACAAGUCGAAAGAAGGGCCCACGCAACAAAACGCAAAAGAGCCGACCGAGUUACAAUUCGCCAAUAACCCUGGGCGGUUUUCUUGGAUUUGUGGCGCUGUUCGAAAUUGAGUAGAAAACAAAGAAACAGGAAAACGAUCACAAAAAACAAAGGAUCGGAACCGUUUUUUUUUAGGACAGUGGAAUGGCAAAGAUCGGCGCGGGGUCGAGUCCCCGUAGCGUAUUAGGGCCGUGGGAGAUGGAUGCCCAGGGUAGACUCCCCAUGGCAGGGAAAAGGAAUUGUGUUAUUGGGAAGGGUAUUCUUGAGGAAAACAAAGAUUAUUUUGGAAAUCAGGGGUUCUUUGAAAUUAAUGGUUUAUCUGAAAGCAAGAAAUUUUCUGAAAAUUUGUGCUUAUUGGAAAACAAAGGCUGUUCAGAAAAAUCGCGUUUAUUUGAAAACAAGGGAUUGUCUGGAAAUUUUGGUCUAUUGGAAAACAAGGAAUUUUUGGAGAAAUCGGGUUUGUUUGAAAGCCAGAAAUUACCUGAAUUUGAAAACAAGGUUUUUUCUGAAAAAAAUGGAGGAAACGAGGGAUUUUCUGAAAACAAUGGCAUUUUAGACAAGGUGGUGUUUUCUGGAAGAAGUAAUGGAAACGAAGGAUUUUCCAGAAACAAGGGUAUUUUAGAAAGCAAGGGCUUUUUGGAAAACACUGGCAUUUUUGCAAACAAGGGCACUUCUGGAAGCAAGGGCAUUUCUGAAAAUAAGGGAGUCUCUGAAAGCACGGAUUUUUCUAGAAGCCGAAAUCUUUCUGAAAUUAAGGGUUUUUUCGAAAACGAGGCGUUUUCUAGAAGGGGGGGUUUAUUUGUAAACAAGGGAUCUUCUGGUAGUGAGAAAUUUUGUGGGCAUGAGGGGUUUUCGGAAAAUAAUGGAUUUUCCAUGAAAGGAUUUAAGUUGGUGGGUAUGGAGGAUGAUCCCGAACUUAAAAGAAAAAUCGGCGGAAGAAGAAUGGGAGUGUCGAGAGGAAAACAUGUGAAGGAAGACAUAAUUAAGGUUUCUGGAAAUGAGAGUUUUUCUGAAGAUAAGGUUCUUUCUAAGAGUGGCCAUAGGUUUGGGGCUGCAGAGGAUGAACACGAGCUUAAAAGGAAUGGUUACAGGAGAUACAUGGGGAUUUCAAGAGUGAAAUGUGUGAACGAAGAGGGAAUUGGGUUUUUUAGGGUUUUGGCAGCUAGUUUUGGCGAGUGUGACGGAGGUUUUUGGGGGAAGAGAAGGAAAAAGGUGGAAGAAGAGAAGGAUAAUUACAGCGAUCCGCUUGUGGUUUUGGGAUCGGAUAUAAUGUUGUUGAUUUUGCAUCGUUUGGAUGCACGCAGCUUGGCACAGUCUAUUUUGGUUUCACAUGGAUGGCAGGCAUUGGCAGCCUGUGAUAGCCUCUGGGCUAAAAAGUGUGAACAAUUGUGGUUUGGUAAGGCACAUCUUCCUCGCUCAGCAAUGCAGAGAGGGCUACCGAAAUUGGCUGCCUACUCCAUUUCUGUUCUAGAUGCUAAACGAACUCGGAUUAUGAAGGAAGACCUUUGUAACCACGUAUGGGAAUUUCGUUUUAAAACUCCAGCACCAUUGUAUUGGCUUAAUCUGGAUCCCUCAUGGAAAGGCACUGGGCCUCCCAUGCGGCGAUACUUCCAUCCUGAUGGUUCGCAGACUGCAGACCCUACAGAUAGAGUUUGGGGAGGUCAUGAAUGCACCUACUCCAUUGUUACUUUUACAGACCAAGGAAAGAUUAGGGAGCAUUAUGUGAGAAUCAAUCGGUGGCCGAGAAUGUCUGUUUCAAGGAAGCAGGACUGGGGUUGGGAGCUUGAUAAUCAUGUAUAUUGCUAUUCAAGUAUACCUGAUGCUGAUAAAGAGGGUGGCACUGGUCCCCUCAACCCAUUCUGGUAAAUUCUUAAGAUGAUACAUAUUAUUAAGGUUGUAUUAAACACUGCAUGGUAUUUUUUUCUUUUCUCAGACAGCUUGUUUUGGAGUGGUCUAUAUUCUCAACUAAACAGAAGGAAUCAAACAAUAACUAUUUCAUACUGCUAAAAUUUGGACUAAAGUAUUUAUUUUAUCUUUGUUGACUUAAACUAUGUAUUUAUCAAGUUAUCUUGUACUGACUGUUUGCUUGUGCCGAA